CUUGGUAUCAUUCAGUUGCAUGAUGGAUCUGUCGGCGCUAGGUUUCCCUGGGGCGUUGCCCGACUGGAGUAACUUGAACGUCCUGCAUCGCAACACCCUCCCAGCUCGAGCGCACUUCUACUCCUACCCUGAUCAAGAAUCCGCUCUCUCUUUCAAUCGGGAUCAGAGUUAUUUCCAUAGCCUCAACGGAACAUGGAAAUUCCACUACGACAACAGUCCCUUCGAUGCUCCCAUCUGGGAAACUGCCAACACCAGCUCAUGGGACGACAUCGAAGUCCCAGGCGUGUGGCAGCUCCAAGGCUAUGGUCAUCCUCACUACACCAACAUUGACUACCCCUUCUCUGUCACUCCUCCCAAGGUCUCUUACGUCAAUCCCACUGGUUCUUACUGGCGACAGUUUGAAGUACCUGAAGAGUGGGAUGGUGAUCAGAUCAGACUGCGCUUUGAGGGUGUUGAUAGUGCAUUCCAUGUUUGGGUCAAUGGUGAAGAGGUUGGCUACGGUCAAGGGAGUCGUAAUCCAAGCGAGUUUGACAUUACGGACUACCUCUCUCCGGGUCAAGCGAAUGAUCUUGGUGUAAGGGUUUAUCAGUGGUCAGAUGGUUCUUAUAUCGAGGAUCAGGAUCAGUGGUGGCUGUCUGGCAUCUUUCGCGACGUUUACCUCAUUCCCUUUUCCGAAUCGUUCAUCAUAGACUUUCAGGUUGACUCUGAACUCUGCGACUCUUUUGAUGAAGGGUCUUUUAAAGUCAAUGUGACCAUUCAAGGGAAAGAGGGUGACCUUGCUAUCAACUUACUGUCGCCUAACGGUUCGGCUCUUCAUGAAUGGAAAGGAUCACCUUCAGAUAUCUAUGAGAAAAGUCUUUCUGGGGAUGAUUUCCAUAUCUGGUCCGCUGAAACGCCAAACUUGUACACCUUGCUCAUCACCUUCAACGGACGGACUAUCAGUCAAAAAGUUGGUCUGCGUCGCGUUGAGAUUCAAGGGUCCAACUUUUACGUCAACGGAAAACCUAUCAUUAUAUACGGAGUCAACAGACAUGAGCACCACCAUCUCACUGGACGUACAGUCAGUUACGAAAACAUGCGAAAGGACCUUCUACUCAUGAAGCGUUCCAACAUUAACGCAAUUCGCACUGCCCAUCAGCCUCCCCAUCCUGACUUCUUUGACGUGGCUGACGAACUCGGUUUCUACGUCAUCGCCGAAUCUGACCUUGAAUGCCAUGGCUUCGGUAGUAUUGAAGAAACAGAAGAAGAAGCUGCUGAGUGGCUCUCCAACAAUCCAGAUUGGGAAGAGGCUUACGUCGAUCGGGCUCGUCAGCUAGUUGAGCGAUUCAAGAACCAUGCCUCUGUCAUUAUCUGGUCUCUCGGCAAUGAGUGUUUUUAUGGUCGUAACCACGCUGCCAUGAGCAAGUGGAUCAAAGAGAGGGACCCAAGUCGGAUUAUCCACUACGAGCAAGACCGUAAUGCUACGUCGACGGAUAUGUACAGUCAGAUGUACAGCACGCCUGACGAUGUAAGGGAGUUCAUCAAGACUCAUACUGAUAAGCCAAUUGUGUUGUGUGAAUAUGCCCAUGCUAUGGGCAACGGACCAGGUGGUCUCGUAGAGUACAUCGACCUCUUCAGAAACGAGCCUUUAUCUCAAGGUGGCCUUGUCUGGGAGUGGAGCAAUCACGGACUCCUCAAGAAGGAAGAGAACAUUACGUACUACGCUUACGGAGGUGACUUUGGCGACGAGCCCAAUGAUGGUGACUUUAUCAUGGACGGUCUUGUUUUAUCUGACCAUUCGCCAAUGCCUUCAUUGAAGGAGUACGCCAAGAUCAUCCAGCCUGUCUCGGUGAAUUUGGCGAAGAAUGGAAGUGCAAUGACUGUUGUCAACCACUAUGACUUUUCUGACUUGAGUCAUCUCGAUGUUUCGUGGCAUGUUAUCGCAGACGGUCUUAAGACUGAAGCUCGUCCGCUCGACCUUCCAAGAGUACCCGCUGGAGAGAAUAGGACCGUGGCGCUUCCAUCGGGGCAGAAUAUUACACAGAAUGAGGCAUGGGUCACGGUCGAGUUCAAGCUGAAGGAAGCUACCCUCUGGGCUCCGAAGGGCCAUGUCAUUGCUUGGGAUCAACUUCACAUCCAACGCCCUAAUAUCAAGACCCGGGGCAUAUUGGUAGUCCGUCGUCAAGACAGCGGAGAGUUCCAGAAGAACGGAACCAAGCUCCUCUAUAAGAGUGGAGAUGCUUCCUUUGGAUUUGACUUGCUUCAGGGAAAUGUAACUUGGAACAUCAACGGCGUGGAUAUCUUCCAACGUGGCCCCGAACUCUCAUUCUAUCGCGCUCUCACACAGAACGAUGCGGCAUCUUCUGGCGAUGGACCGAUCUGGGAACAAGAAAAAAUUCCAAUGAUUUAUCCUCAAGUCCGAGAUGUUACAUGGCGCGUUGGCGAGGAUGGCGCAGUGGUGCACUAUAAAGUCUGGGUUGGAGUAAAGACACGUGCUUGGGGCGUUGAGGCAGACAUGAUCUAUAGGAUCCCCACUCAAGGUGCUCAGCUUCAACUCGAAGCUCGGGGCGAAUUUGUCGGCAAGAAUGAGUCUCAUGUCAUUCCCCGCAUCGGUCUCAUGGCUGUUUUGCCCGAAUCUUUCGACGACGUCUCAUGGUUCGGCCGAGGACCCGGAGAAAGCUACAAAGACUCCAAGCAAGGGUCCCGCAUCGGGCAGUACAGUUCCACCGUCCCGGAUCUGUUCACCUACUAUGACUACCCUCAAGAGAAUGGUAAUCGCGAGGAUUUGCGAUGGUUGAAGAUCGGAAAUAAGGAUGUAUCGCUUGAUGCUCGACGAACAAAGAGCGAACCAUUUAGCUUCACGGCUCGGAGGUACAUGCCCUUUGACUUGGAUGAUGCUCAGCACCCGCACGAUCUGAAGCCAUUGAACAUGACGGUGCUGCAUCUCGAUUACGAUAACAAUGGGCUGGGAUCGGCUACGGUUAGGGUGAGACCGUUCGAGAAGUACAGGUGCUACACCAAGCCAUUCAACUUUAAGUUCAGUUUCAACAUAGUCUAG